AUGACCUCUGUUUUACCCGAAGCACCGCUGUCGGUGAUAAACUGGGGGAGAUUGAAGUCGGGCGAUACUGAUGAAGGCAAGAGACUGCUUGCUGCAUGCGAGGGACAGGGUUUCUUUUACCUGGACUUGAGCGGCGAACCUGCCAUCUUGGAAGACCACAGGUCCGUCUUGCGCUUUAUGGAAGAGUAUUUCCACCAAGACUUGGCCGAGAAGAUGAAGGAUGACCGGCAGAGCGAUACACACGGAUAUGAGCCAGUGGCUACCUCCACUGGGGCAGUGGUGUCGUUGCCUGAUUACUAUGAAUCGCUCAAGGCGUCGCGCGACGAGCUGCACAGCGACAGCGACGCCUUGGCCCCUGCGAUUCGCGCAAACAAGGAGCUGUUCCAGCGGUUCUGUAACAUGACCCAUCGGGUCUUUAUGGUUGUCCUGCAAGAGCUUGACCGCCAGCUCGGGCUGGGCGGCGAGCGUGCCUCGUUCAAGGACUUCCACCGUGAAGAUGCCGAGUCCCUCACCACGCUGUCGAUGUUCCGCUACCCCAAGCAGGAGACGCUCGACCUUGGUGUGGGCCACAACAAACACACGGACAUCGGGACCCUGACCUUCUUGCUGUGCGAUCAGUGGGGGCUGCAGGUGCUAUCCAAGGACCCCGCGGGAUGGCAUUUCGUGGCUCCACGAGAAGGCCAUGCAGUCAUCAACGUGGGCGAUACGCUUCGCUUCCUGUCGGGCAACCGCUUUCAGUCGGCCGUGCAUCGGGUCAUUCCCAUGGAGCGUCUGCAGCACGAGGACCGUUACAGCAUUGCGUACUUUUUGCGAGCGGCGAACGAUACGCAGUUCACUGAUAGCACCGGGCGGAAGAUCUCGGCCAAGCAAUGGCACGAUGAGAAGUUUGACGUGUUUCGGGAGACGCAUGAACAGCAGGAGAAAUUGCCGAUCCUCACGGGUGGGAUGGAACGGAAGGACGCGAUUGUAGUUUGA